AUGACAACAGAUAAUUCAAGAAGGUACGAACCAAAUUUAUUAAUCACUGGAACACCUGGAUCUGGGAAAUCCACUACAUGUGAAUUAUUACAACGUAGAUUACCGGAGUACGCAUAUUAUAACAUAUCAGAUUUUGCCAAAGAGAAUGAUUGUUAUGAAGGAUAUGAUAAAGGUAGAAAAUCACAUAUCGUUGAUGAAGAUAAAUUAUUAGAUGAAUUGGAACCGUUACUGCGUAAGGGUAAAAGCAUCGUCGAUUGGCAUGUCAACGAUAUUUUCCCAGAGAGGUUGAUUGAUCUAGUGGUUGUUCUAAGAUGUGAUAACUCGAUAUUGUAUGAUAGAUUGAAUAAAAGAGGAUAUCAUGAUUCUAAGAUCCAAGAGAAUUUGGACGCGGAGAUCAUGGGUGUCGUCUUGCAGGAUGCUGUAGAGUCCUACCAACAGGAAAUUGUCGUGGAGUUACAAAGUGAUGAUACUGAGCAAAUGGAGGCUAAUGUGGAAAGAAUAGUUGAAUGGCACAAGAUGUGGAUGGACCAACAUAAGAACGGUGUCACUAACGAACUUCAAGGUAAGAACAAGAACGCACAGAACUCAGGCGAAUCAUCCAGCGAGCAAGAAGAAGAAGAAGAAGAAGACAGUGAUACCAACUAG